AUUCAAAUGUAUAUAAUGCCUCACUCUCUUUUUCUCUCUUCUUUCCUUCCGUCUACUUUCUCUUUAUAUGCAUAAAUGAAUCAACAGUCACACAAUCCCCUCUCUUUUCUAAAAGGUAGCAAUGCCUCUAGUACGUCUCUUGAAAGGUCUUCCAGUACACGCUCACGCUCCGGUAGUUUAUUUCGUGCUAUCGCUUUACACACCUCACCUUCUUUAUCACCACAACCACCACUUCCUUCCUCUUCCUCUUCUGCCUUUUCUGUAUCUAUGACAAGAACAAACACCAGUUCUUCCACCAUCCAUAGUACUGAAAAUGAUGCAUCUCAACCAAUUUCUUGUAACCCAGAAGACUUUGAAUUUAAAGAUCCUAUUGGGUAUGGUUCGUCAGCUGUUGUUUAUCAUGCCACUUUUAUACCAAAGAAUAUGAGAGUGGCUAUUAAAGUGAUUGAUCUGGAUUGGUUUGAACGUAAUCAGAUCGAUGAAUUAAGACGUGAAACUGCAUUAAUGGCAUUAUCCAAGCAUCCUAAUGUUCUGAAAGUUUAUGGGUCAUUUGUAAAUGGCUCAAAAUUACAUAUCGUCACCCCAUAUCUAUCAGGAGGCUCUUGUCUGGAUAUUAUGAAGAGUGGAUUUCCUGAUGGUUUUGAAGAAACUGCGAUUGCAACCAUUCUUAAGCAAGCAUUAGAAGGCUUAGUUUAUCUUCACAAGAACGGCCAUAUCCAUCGCGAUGUAAAAGCAGGCAAUUUGCUAGUGGACGAUCAAGGUACGGUCCUUUUAGGUGAUUUUGGUGUCUCAAGUUCCCUGACUGAAAAUAACGAGGUCCGAAAAACGUUUGUGGGUACUCCUUGUUGGAUGGCACCUGAAGUCAUGGAACAAUCAGGUUAUGACUUUAAGGCAGACAUUUGGAGUUUUGGUAUUACUGCGCUUGAGUUAGCUACAGGUUACGCUCCAUUUGCUAAAUUCCCUCCAAUGAAAGUUUUAAUGAUGACAUUGAAUCAGGCGCCGCCUACUUUGGACAGAGAGCAUGCAAAAAGAAAAUAUACCCGUACAUUUAAAGAGAUGAUAGAUAUGUGUCUGAAUAAAAAUCCAAGCAAAAGACCUUCUGCAGAGAAACUCCUUGCUCAUCCAUUUUUUGCUCAAGCAAAAAAGAAAGAGUAUCUUGUCAAGGCAUUGCUGUCUUCCGUCCCCCCUCUUGAUCAAAGAGUACACAAGAAAGUCAACCAUAAACAAGCAGUCGUUGAAAACACAGCACAAUGGGACUUUGAAGAUCAACAGAGUACUUUGACGCAACAACAAAAUGACCAAGAGAUUGUGUCUUUAAGUAAUCAAAAAGUCAACAUGGUAGACAAACCAACACAUCUCUAUGCACGAAAUAACAAUACAGAAGGAUUGCUUAGACAACAACAUAUUACUUUUAGCGAUGAUCUACCUUCGCCUGCUGCUUCUGAACCAGAAAUCACUUCACCUAUGCCUAUUCGUAAGACAAGAUUUGUAAUUGAAGAGCAUACUUCGAUAAGCCCUCCAGACAACCUACCUGCCUCGCAACGGUAUUCUUCUGCUAGUCCGCCUCCUUAUGAUGUUGUACCAUCUUUUGCAAGCACGCCCAUGACACCGAUUACAUCCUCAUCAUCCUAUCAAUCAUCUAAACCAUUCAUGGACAAUAAUUGGCAAAGCUCUCUUGUUAUGGGCCUUGGUAUCGCUUCUAAUAAGGCGGAAAAUGUCGAAGUUCGUAAAGGACGAUUUAGUGUGAACCAAAGUAACUCCCUUUCUCGAAAAAAUAGCACUAGUGUAACAGAUGCUGCAAAGUUGGAACAGAUUCCCAUUCAAACACCUCCUCCUAUCCCGUCAUCCGAAUCAUACUCCUCUUCUGAUUUGCGCUGUGUUUCUAUGUCGCGUGAAACAAGCAAUGACAGCUUGAAAGAACGAAAAUCAAGGUUUGAAGUAACAAGUGGUUCUCCAAACAAUCAGAAUCCUUUUGAAAAUCAACAUAUAAACAGACCUGAAUUACUUCCUUUGACACGAGAAUCAUCUUUUCGUCACCAGCGCACCUUGUCCCGCGAAUCUUUUGCUUCAAGUAAGAUUGGUAGAUUCUCUAUUGAAAAAGAAGACAACAGUACAUCGCAAACAGAAGGCGUACAUCCUUUUGAUGGAGCUAUUUCAGCCUCAACCGAUUAUCGUAAAAAGGGACGCUUCGAACUUACAGGUGGUACUGUUUCUAGCGAGAAAUUCGAAUCGCCUCAAGCAACGUUGAGUAGCUCUUCACAAGCCUCUUCGUCUAUUGCGACACCAGGAGCUACAGAACAUAAUCAUCAGCGGAGGUCGUUUUAUUUUGAACAGCAACCCAUAUCUAGCACAUUAUCUCUGUAUGGUCAAAUUGACUAUCUCUUACAACAAAACGAAUUACAAAAGCAGAUGUUGCAUGAGGUUUUGUAUGAACUCCCAUCAAAUCAACAACAUAUACCCAGCGUAUCCUCGGGAAGACGCCGCUCGUCUACUGCAGACUUCCGUAAACAUUCAAACCAUGCUAUUGAUUCUAGUCAUCUCUUGUAUCAACCUUCUUCAAAUGAAAACUCAAGGUAAACAUAGUGGUUGAGUAAUUGUUCUUUGACAUUUACACAAUUUGAUUUUGUUUUAGAUCAUCACCUUUAGUAAAGAACGAUAUUACAGCAACACUGGUAAGCGAAUACACUUGCAUAAUUAUAUAUAUAAUGUACUUAUAAAGCUUGUAACAGAAUCGUCUUCAACAACUACUUUUGUCUUCCUAUAAAGAAAAAGAUCGGUUAAUCAAAGAAAAUGAUGCUUUGAAACGCGAAGUAGAGUUUUUGAAAAGGAAGCAACAGACACCCGCUACUGUAGAUGUUUGAGAACACUUGUUCUAUAUUUAAUCCCUUUUGCUGUUAUGUAUUAUACAUGAUAACUCAAUGAAAAAAAAAAGGCUAAUAUGUAAACCAGGAUUUGUUUUGCAUUACAUACCAAAAAAGCAACUAAAAAGAAUAUGUAAAUAUGUAAUUUGAAAAUAAAAAAACCCUCCACAUACGAAA